GACGAUUGCACUUGUCGCUUUGUUCCCCCGAGUUUCGACAGCAGGUAUAUUUCAUCCUAUUCCUUUCUAUCCUUCCUCGCCAUUCAUCAUGCAAACGCGGUCGGUACUGAUAAUUCAAUCCCAGCCUCACCCCAUGAGUUGCGACUUGUCGGAAGGAACACAGCACCGGUUCUCUGCCUGAGAAUUAAAGCUUUGACACGGCUGUCAUGGCUCCAGGUGCCGGAGGAAAGAGGAAGAGAGGCGACCGAACGUGGUCUGGCGAUUCUGGGAACGACGGUCAAAGGCCUUCCCCCCAUCGACCAAGCAAUCUCAACAUGGCGCAACACAACCACCGCGACUAUCCCGAGACGCGCGGUAGACUACGAAGACAGCCUAGUCGAGGAGGUAGGAAUGGUCCGGGGCGAGGAGCUGGUGGUGAUGCUCAGAACUUUCCCGGUGGUCAAAAGGAUACCGCCAUGUCUCCUCCACCGGUGAAGGAAACCCCCGAUUCUACCCAGUCCAACGGUGUGUCAUCGACAGUGAACCCGCAACAACAGGCCCCUCCCCUUUCUCCUGCGCCACCUCAACCUCAACCUCAACCCCAAUCCCUACCCCCGCCUCCGUCUAUACCGCAAUUUGUUCCUGCUAUUCAACCACCCCCAGGCCCGCUGCCGCCUUACGACUAUGAGUAUGUGACGGACGUGGUCAUUGAAGAAUGGGACGCGACUGGAAAGCAGAAUGUGAUCGAGCGUGGCGUUGAGGGAAAGACACAACAGGAUAUUGCAAAACUGGCCUCGAUAUACCAAGAACUCAUCCGGUCUGCUUUUCACGGGCGGUUAUCACCAACGGAGACAGGCAAGGUAGUUAAGGAAAUCAUAGGCGAGGAUGUCGCGGCUCAGGAUAUCGAUAUGGUUGGUGAAGAAGAAGCGUCCGAUUCUCUGCUUGAUACCCGUUCUUUGUUCCUCGACACUUUAUCUAUUGUCACAGAUUCCGACACAUCGAACGUCGCAUUACGGCCACUGGUCUUUUCUACAGGAAUUAACUCAGCCCUGAUGCGUCUUCAACUUGAUACACCCCUCCUGCAGUCACUGGGCCUCGUCCGCGAUACAUUUGCUCGCAUGGGUAUUCGCAAACAGACCAAUCUCCUCUAUCGACAGUCUAACUACAACCUCCUUCGAGAAGAAUCCGAAGGUUAUUCCAAACUUCUCACAGAGCUAUUUACCACAAGCAACAACGAACCGCCAUCUAGCGAGGUUGUCGAGGACACGUUCGAACGUGUAAAAGCCAUGGUUGGCGCAUUUGACAUGGAUGUCGGUCGUGUUCUCGAUGUAACGCUUGACGUUUUUGCUGCUGUACUUGUCAAACAAUAUCGCUUCUUUGUGAAGCUCUUGCGAGUCAGCUCCUGGUGGCCUAAGGAGGAUGUUUUCCACAGCGUCGAUGGCCACCGUGAUUCUGGACUUCCUAACUGGGCAUUACCAGGAUCGGCUGGGUGGGUAACAACAGAUGAAGAACGAGUGGAAAUCGCACGCGCGAACGAGCAACGAGACAGCGAAUUCUGGGCUAGAGUGAGGGAGGUUGGAGUUCGCGCUUUCUUUGAGAUCGGACGCAAACCGAUCUCCGAGGAGGAGCGGAAACAGAUUCUCCCGGAAACGAGUAGUUUGUCAGAAGAGGAGGUAGAAACUCGAAAAUGGAUCGAUGAGACAGGGACCUUGCCGCCCAAGGGUAGCAGAGUUGCAGCGCAGCUUCUCGGGUUCAAACUUCGAUUCUACUCUUCCCGGGCCCGCAGCAAAUCCGACGUUCUCCCCGAUAACCUCAUUUACCUUGCAGCACUACUUAUAAAAGUCGGCUUCAUCUCCCUCCGCGACCUCUACCCUCACCUUUGGAGACCCGAUGAUUCUAUGGAUGUCCUAAAGGAGGAGAAAAUGAAGGAAAAGGCGGAACGAGAACGGGCUGCGAAGCCUGGCGGUGGCACUAAUGCCUUGAUGAUGGCCGGUGCCCUCUCAGAUGAUACUUUGCCCAUCCCACGAACUCGAGAAUCCGAAGCUCGCUCAGCAACCCCUGCGAAGGAACAAGACGCAGACAAAUCCGUGGCCGGCAAAACGGAGGAAGACGAUUUACCAGAGCCAUCGGACCAAAAGGUGCUACUUCUUAAGAGCUUACUCGCAAUUGGUGCCCUCCCUGAAUCCAUCUUCAUUUUGAGCAAGUUUCCAUGGCUCAUGGAUGUAUAUCCCGAACUACCCGAGUUCAUUCAUCGUGUCCUCCACCAGUGCCUGAACAAAGUUUAUUCUUCCCUGCGCCCCUUGGCCUCAAUGGGCGAACUGCGGGAACAGAAACAAAUACCGAACCAGGACCAGUCCGGCGUGGGAAGAGAGAUCCGUCUAUCGCAGGCGCCUCCGCGGAGAGUGCUACGAUGGGCGCAGCUCGAUAAGGAAGAUACAAACGACGGGACGGAUUACCGAUUCUACUGGGACGAUUGGACUGAUAAUAUCCCGGUGUGUCAGUCCGUGGACGAUGUCUUUGCGCUUUGCUCCUCUUUCCUUAACCUAUCCGGGCAUAAGAUUGGACAAGACCCUAGCCUAUUGACGAAACUCGCAAGGAUAGGAAAGGAUAGUCUCAGUAAGGAUCGCUCACCGGAAAACAAAGCGCGGUGGCAAGAUAUGUGCAAACGCCUUUUGGUUCCCUCUAUCAGUUUAACCAAAGCAAACCCUGGUGUGGUCAAUGAGAUAUUUGAUCUCAUCAGCUCCUUCCCCCGUGAAGUCCGGUAUAACAUGUACGCAGAAUGGUAUUCUGGACAAACCUCUCGCUUGCCCGAUAUAAAAUCGGCGUUUGACCAGGCUCGGGCAGAAACCAAGGAUGUUCUCAAGAGGCUGAGCAAGACCAAUAUUCGCCCAAUGGCCCGGGCAUUGGCAAAAAUCGCAUAUGCCAAUCCUGGAAUUGUCAUCAACGUUGCCAUCAGUCAGAUAGAAUCAUAUGAGAAUCUCAUCGAGGUUGUGGUGGAGUGUGCACGUUAUUUCACCUAUCUUGGAUACGACAUUUUGACCUGGUCUUUGAUUAACUCACUUGGACAGAAGGGACGAAGCCGUGUUCAGGAAGGAGGUUUAUUAACGAGUCGAUGGCUUAAUGCCCUGUCCACCUUUGCAGGCAGGUCAUUUAAGAGAUAUUCUGUGAUGGAUGCUACUCCACUGUUACAAUACGUUGUCGAGCAGCUUCAGCAAAACAACUCCACGGAUCUCAUCGUCCUGGAGCAAAUGAUCAGUUCCAUGGCUGGUAUAAUUACGGAUACCAACUUCAACGACUCUCAAAUCCAGGCUAUGGCAGGUGGUGAGAUUCUACAGUCUCAGACAAUUCUCCAAUUGCUGGAUAAGCGACACGAGUCCAAAACCACCUCGAGACGGCUCAUGAAAUCCCUCACUGUUUCGAAGCUUGCUGGUCAGUUGCUAAUUGCUAUUGCACAAGAACGAUUGACAUGUAUCUUCAAAGAGGAUGAGGGGUCUUCGGAGCUGAAAUUGCUGGGCAACAUAUUCGACGAAAUCCAUCGCAUUCUUACGCAAUACUUGGAUCUUCUCCGCAGUAACUUGUCAGUGGAUGAGUUCGAUUCAUUUGUCCCCGACUUGGCUACUCUCAUCAGGGACUUUGGCGUGCAGCCCGAAAUCGCUUUUUGGAUUCGACGACCAAGCGUUGCCCAGAAGAUUAGGGAAGCUGAACGGGCAAUUCAAGAUGAGGCUUCCGCAAAAGCUCGUGAGAGUGAAGGAACAACUCCAGCCAAGGUUGAGGAGGAUGAGAAGAUGGAGCCUGCAGAUGAUGGGGAAAUGCCAACCAAAGAAGCCGAGCCAUCAACUGAGGACUCCAUGGAUGUCGACAAGGAGCAAGCCCAGGAUGCACCCGAGUCGGAUAGCUCUGCGCCUGUUGAACAGCCCGCAACAAAUGGUACUACUGAACCCCCUGCCUUGAACCCAGUCAUGCAAGAUAUGGAAGAUCAAGUUAGAUCUUCCCUUCCCACAGACACUUGGGGAAUAGUUGGCCUGCAUUUCUAUGUAACCUUCUGGCAGCUCUCUCUUUACGAUGUACAUAUUCCCCAGAAAGCGUACGAGGACGAAAUCGAACGCCAAAAGAAGAAGGUUGUUGCAAUUGGCAACGACCGAUCGGAUAUCAGCAUGGCAGGGACGCAGAGGAAGGAACGAGAGAAGAAGCAGAUCACUCAACUUCAGGAUCGGAUAUUGGAGGAAAACAAGGGUCAUUUGAAAUCUUAUGGCCAGACACGGACAAAAUUGCAAAGCCAAAAGGACCGAUGGUUUGCUGGAAUGCGGGGGAAGCACGAUUCUCUCAACGUUUCCUUGCUGGAACAAUGCUUCCUCCCUCGUCUCCUUCUGUCCCCUAUCGACGCUUUCUACUGUUUCAAGAUCCUCAAAUUCCUUCAUACCUCAGGAACCCCCAACUUCCGGACUGUCGGCUUAUUGGAUCAACUAUUCCGAGAGCAGAGACUCACAGCUCUCAUCUUCCAAUCUACUUCUAAGGAAGCGGAUAACCUUGGUCAUUUUCUGAACGAAAUUCUACGGGAUCUUGGUCGCUGGCAUGCCGACAAAGCAGUAUACGAGAAGGAGGCGUUUGGACCGAAGAAGGACCUCCCUGGAUUUGCGAUGACCGUUGAUCCCGAGGGCAAACCGACGACCUUCUUGGAAUACGAGGAUUUCCGUCGACUUUUGUACAAGUGGCACCGUCUACUGGCUUCUGCACUGAAGAUUUGUCUCAACGGUGGCGAAUAUAUGCACAUCCGUAAUGCGAUUAGCGUGCUCAAGGCAAUCGUGCAGCAAUUCCCUGCAGUCAACUGGAUCGGCCGUGACAUGCUUACCAGCGUCAAUAAUCUGAGCCACAAUGACGAGCGAGAUGACGUGAAGACGCCGGCUGCUUCCUUGAUCGGAGACCUCAACCGACGAGAGAAGAAAUGGAUGCUGCCGCAAGCCUUUAUGAUUGCGAGCCAGCCGCUUGGAAAAGGACAGGCCGGAGCCAGUGGGCAAAAGGGCGAUCAUUUUGCUACGGACAAGGGUGCAGCUGGAAAACUUGGACCUUCACGGCCCCAAUCUGCCACCCCGACACCAUUGAAUGCGGCUGCGCCUGAGUUCAACCCCCCAGGUUCUACUGAACCCGAGGGUGCUGUGAAGCCGCAGAUCUCAAAGGCCGAAGUUGAGGAUGGGGAGAUUGAGGAUGCAAAAAUGCACGACAUUACGAUGAAGGGUGCUGAGGAUGUUGCACACAAACCAUCUGAACAAACCAGUGCUGCCUUGCAAACAGAAUCUACUGCUCCUACAACAGAGUCCUCGGCUGUAGCUGCCGAAGUUCGUUUGGAGACCAGCCAUGAGCCGGCAACCAGCGAAAAGCCUGCUAUUUCAGCCCCUGAAGGUCAAACUGAAACUGAAGCUGCUCCACGUUCCCGAACCUCUCCUUCUCCUGCUAGGUCUCACGCAAGUUCUAGACCUGAGGCUGGUCGGCAAGCAAAUAUCCCCAAACGACCUGAGCCCGAUAGGGCUCCACCAAGCAACCCCAAUGUGCGUCAACAAACAAACAUGCCGAGCCGGCCUUUCAGACAUGGAGAUGGAAGAUUGCCAAUGCGGCCUGAUAUUCCAGAGGAACGUCGAGACAGACAUUCGGACUAUGGACGGGGUGGACGUUAUGGUGACUAUGAGCACAGUCGGUCAUUUGAUCAGUCGAUGGGCGAUGGUCGAAACUAUGGUCGCCUGGAUAGGGAAUUCCCGGGACGACCACUUCCUGACGAACCCUUCCGUGGCCCUGGAUAUCGCGACGGACGACUUCCACGAGAGCCCGAAUGGCCCGAUCGAUCAGGGCGGCUACGCCCUCCUGCUGAUCUCUUUCAUGGUCGACCUGAGGGCCGACCUGAGUCUGAUCGAGCACCCAGAGAAGGACCAGGCGGUCCACGAGCUGGCCCCCAGCUGCACCCUGACCGUGCAGAUCUGAUCCCCGGUGAAAGCCAUCGCCGGUCAGAAAAGGAUGAUAGGCGGCCUCUCCCUUCGAGAGCAUUAUCACCGCCACGGGCAGACCUUCCGAACCGCCCAGAGCGGUUUGAUGACCGCCGCUCUCAGGGUCACAUGCGACAUGAUGAUACGCCAACUGGGCCACGCAGCGAGAGAUCACGAGCUCCAAUGGAUGUCACCGAUUCUAGAGAUUCAGCACCUGGUCCCGAUAUGACUCAUGGUCGAUUGCGUAACCCAGAACCUUCAGAUAUUCCCUCCGGACCCCGAGGAAGAAAUGCUGGACGGGGUGGACGAAACGCCCCUGGUCAAUCUGGACCACCAGCACCUAGCGGGCCAACGCCAUCAUCUGAACGUCAACCACCCACUGGUCCAGGUCGGCAGGGAAUGCGAAAUGCGCCUGAUCAAUCGUCAUCUGCUGGUCCCUCGUCGCCGGCUACCGAAAAGCUUGACAAUAGCGGAAUUCACCCUGACCGACUCAAGGCCUUGCAACAGUCUAGUGAUGGUGGUCCCCGCUCUCAGCAACCUCCAGCCCCCGCACCCAUCGUGCCGCCCUCGGGGCCCCGUAGCGCACUUCCACCGCCUUCAGGGCCUUCGCCCAGUACUCGCGGACCACCUCCAGGGUCAGGCUUUGGCGGCGAACGUGGACGAGGAGAUAAACGCUUUGCGGGUAUCAACAACAUGCUUCAGCAGUCCGUUGGAUCUACUGACCGUAGCGGCCCUGGCACAACUAUUCGAGGAAGAGGGGCAAACAGACAAGCAGCGAUGAACGCACCUUCCCCUCAAGCAACUCGACCCCAAACGCCUUCCGGGGCUCCAGAAGAUAGCGGUCGAUCUGCGCAGGGUCGACCUGACCUCAUGGCUGGACGAUCUUCCGGACCGCCCUCUCAUGGCGAUGACGAUGGUCACCCCAGUCGGGGUCGACGCGGCGAGCAAGUCGAAGAGUCAGGCUCGGAGCCACGUCGGUCUAUGCGAGAUCGGGAUCGAGACCGCGACCGCGAACGGGACCGAGACCGUGACAGGGAUAGAGAUCGGGACCGCGAACGUGAGCGGGAACGCAGAGGAGGAGAAGACGAUGGAGCCCGGGGCAGCAGCCGACGAGAAGAACAUCGUGAACGGACUCGAGAUUACGAGCGUGAACGUAGCCGCAGAAGUGACGCAGGUGCAGCAGAAAGGCACGAGUCCCGCGAAGUGUCACGAAGGGGACCAGGUCCUCGCGAUGAGAAUCGACGACGAGAGCGCCGAGAGCGAGAGGAGGGAAUUGAUGCCAACCAGGGCAGCCAUGACCACGAAGGUCGCCUGCGACCUCCAUCCUCUCUCAGUGGAGCACCCCCUCCACCGCCGCCUCCGCCUAUUCCCGGAAACGCAGAAGACGACCGACGCUGGGGAGGUGGACGCGAGCUGCGGGACCGAGAGCGGGAUCGCAAUCGUGAUCGUGGCCGGGAUCGAGACUACCAUCGCGACGGAGGCAGUGGGCCUCAUCGCAAACGCGGACGCGCCGGAAAUGACGACGGAGGACAUGGCGAAGGUGGCCGAGGAGGCAUGCGGGGUGAGAGCAAACGUCCUCGACGAGGGGCUUGAUCGAACUGGAUGAUAUGAACCAUAUUCUCUCUCUCUCUUUGUUUUUU